UACAUGAAUGAACUUUCUUAUUUUCUUCCAUAAACCUUUCUUUCAUUAUUAACAUAUAUUAUAUAUACACAUUUCCUUAUAGCUUAUGAAAACCAUCAUUUCUUGUUGAUAUUUCUCUACUUACCCUCACCACUCACCACUGCACUUACCAUCACCAAAACAAAACACCAAAAGACAAAAAAACACUAUAUAUACCUAUAAUCAUACAUCAUUUGCUAUUGAACUCAACUAUAUCCAUUUGAACAUUUGCUAGAAAGAUGAAAAUGGUUGCCAUUGAAGAGCUUCCACAUGUCCAACCAGAAACUGUUGUGUAUGAGAUUGAUCAUUUGCAAAACCAACUAACAGAAAAGGUUAAUGAACUAGCAACUUUCCAAGAUGAAAUCAAGGCCUUAAGGGCAAUAGAAGUUCAGAAAGAUAAGGUCAUAGAAGAGCUGAGAAAUGAAGUUGGUAAGCUUGAUGAGAGACUAAGACUUAGUGAGAAUCAUCUUAAACAUAAGAAUCUUGAAAUCAAGAAACUAACAGAUGAGAAGAAAGAUGCGCUGGCCGCGCAAUAUGCUGCAGAAGCGGCUCUUAGGAGAUUGCACACUGAUCAAAAGGAGGAUGAUUUUUUUCCAUUUGAAAGUGUCAUUACUCCUCUUGAGGCUGAGAUUAAGAUGUAUAGAACCAAGAUUGCGGCGCUGCAAGAAGAUAAGAAAGCUUUGGAACGAAUCACAAAGUCGAAAGAGUUGGCGUUGCUUGAAGCAGAGAGGAUUUUAAGAAGUGCAUUAGAGAGAGCUUUGAUAGUUGAAGAAGUUCAGAAUGAAAACUUUGACUUGAAGAGACAGAUUGAAAUCUGCCAGGAGGAGAACAAAAUCUUAGAGAAAAGCCACCGGCAAAAGAUUGUGGAAGUUGAAAAGCUUAGCCAAACAAUCCACGAACUCGAGGAGCUCAUCUUAUCUAAUGGAGCCAACGCGAAUGUCAUUCGUGAUUAUGAACGACAGAUUUCUGCGUUGCAAGAUGAGAAGAGGACAUUGGAGAGGGAACUAGCAAGGGUAAAAGUUUCGGCUAACAGAAUUGCAACUGUUGCGGCUAAUGAAUGGAGGGAUGAACAUGAUAAGGUCAUGCCUGUUAGACAAUGGCUCGAAGAGAGACGAAUCCUGCAGGCAGAGAUGCAAAGGUUGAAAGACAAACUAACUAUAUCAGAGAGAACCGCAAAAGCAGAAUCGCAAUUGAAGGAUAAACUGAAGCUGAGGCUGAAAACACUGGAAGAAGGCUUAAAGAAAUUCUCAAUCAAUUCCAAUGCAUUUUCAGAAUCUCCGACAGAUGACAGAUCGAAUGUCUUAAGCUUCGUAACGAACAACGGUGGACUAAGAAACAGGUCUACAUCACAACCAAGAGGGUCUACUGUUGGAAGCACUUUGUUCCAAAAGGCAAACAUAAAAGGAAACAUGGACAGUGUUUCCGGGAACCGAAAACCUGCCAUCGUUGCAAAAUUAAAAUAUGGUUCUACAGAAAAUGUCUUCAAAAAAGGUAUAUGGGCAUCGAGAAACAAAUUUUCUGAUGGUGGUGAAAAAGAAAAUGAGAUGCAAGUGAACACAAGCAGUGUUAAAACCAGUGUUGAUGUUGAUGAAGACUCGAAAAGUAAUAGUUGUAAUGACUUGGGAAGCAAGGAUGUGGUCUCUGGAUUUUUAUAUGAUAAGCUUCAAAAAGAGGUCAUCAAUUUGAGGAAGUCUUGCGAAACGAAAGACAGUAACCUUCACACUAAAGAAGAAGAAAUAAAGAUGCUCACAAAGAAAGUUGACGCGCUAACAAAGGCUAUGGAAGUGGAAUGGAAGAAAAUGAAAAGAGAAGCCGCUGCUAGGGAGAAGGAGCUUGCAUCAAUAAAAUCGGAUGAUAAAAGGAAAAACAGAAGCUCCAACUUCUCUAAAAGGGUGAUGAAAGAACAUUGAACAUUCUUUAUGUGGAGAAAAUCGGAGGCAAUUUAUUUAUCAACGCGUCUUGUAAAUUUUCUUUGUAUAUACAAAACAUAAUUUAGUGUAAAAGUGUGUUCCAAUAAAGCUUCACCUGAGUAAUGAGUCUGAGAUCAAGUUCUGUACAUACAAAAGUAUUGGAUGUUACCUCUGUAAAACUACUGUUACUUUUAAAGUCACAAUAGUUCUGAAUCUAAAUGACAUGAUAACUGUUAUUAUGAA